AUUCACGUGUAAGCAACGCUGCGCUCUCGUGCGGCAUGACGGGAAGCGCUCGAACCGGCGCGGUGAGACUUCCGCUUCCUGUCGCCAUGUUUUUGGGGGAGUGCUUUCGUUUCGUGCUGCUGUGAAGCGUAAGAGCUGCGCUGACCGGGCAUUGUAAUCAGGCGUCAUCAACAAUAAUUCCAAAUAUGGUUAACUGUGCUGUGUUGGGAUGCAACAACGAGUCAAGGCGGAAAGCUGACUGUGGUGAAAACACGACGAAAGUCAGUUUUUUUUCUGUUCCGACUGUUGUUCGUCGGCAGUGCAACCAGACCCUCGAGGUCUCAACGAAACGUCGGGCGGAAUGGUUUCGUCGCCUCAACCGUGGUUACAUUAAUACCAACGCUACUCACUACAAGGUCUGCAGCGAGCACUUCGUUUCUGGAAGGCCAUCCUACCUGAUGGACGUUACAAACCCAGACUGGGCACCCAGCUUACACUUGGGGUAUGACAGAAACUCAGCUGCUAAAUCUGAAGCAAGGCACCAGCGACGUUGCAAGAGGGCUGCGACCUCAAAGGAGAUCCAAGAGGGCAAUAGCAGAGUUCUCCAGCCUUCAAAUGUGUUGAACGUGCAGCACAGCGCUGUGUGCAGAACUGUCACGGGUACAAUGGCUUAUUCAUACAUGGGGACUAUUUCCUUUAAUGACAUUCAGCAUCUUUAUAGCACCUUGAUUCUAUACAGGCACACCACUUGCACGCCCUGUUACAGCACAUAACAAGGAAGCUGAUGAGCCACAUUGCGCACUCAACAGCGGUUCAGGUCAGUGCCCUAGAUAAGCUGUUCAUACAGGCUGGAUUUUACAUCACAGUGUGCUUGUAAUGGAAUUAUAUUGUUCCCGAUGGUCUUUGAGCUAGCAGGCAGUGGCAAGUUGUGUACUUUUAAUUUUUGCAUGGUUGGUCUUUCUGACAAAAAUUACAAAACCUCACUAUUUGCUCAUCCUCUACCCUAUUGCUUGCAGUAAACAGCGUCAUAUAUCCAACAGUCCUACAGCGUAAACUAUUUGGUGCUUCCCUCUCUCUGGAGUAGUGGGCCCAUUAUGUGAGCACAAAAUUGGUGGUUGUGAAAUAGCAAUGACAACACUUCAAUGCAGGUCAAUCCAUGCUGCAACAAGUACCAGCUUCAACCGUAGCUCAAGAUGCUGAUGAUACUGUUGCUGACGUUUAUUGAGUGAUUUGUGUUUACACAGUUCAAACGGCCCGAGUACUUUAAUUUAGGAACAUAACUUCAAUGAUUGACAACACCUCAUUGCAGACCCACCAUCUGUGCAAUCACCCGAGGAAGGCAGGGCCUCAGCUGAAAUGGGUUCUCCAGUUGGAGUUGUAGUGGAUGCCUCAUAUUGUGAGUACUGCAUUCGUUCAGUUGGAGCAAACCGGAAGUGUUUAACACAAGGGAUUCUAAGAGUCACAUUCCUGCAUUUUUUAUCAGAUGUAAAGUUUUCUGAAGCUGGUGUUCAAGCCACCACUUCGACAGCUGAAGCUUCAGUAAAUACCACUUCAUGUAAGUAAUGUGACAAAUAUCUCAAGCACUCUGCACCUGACUGGCAAAUGCGUAGUAAUGUAUUGCCUAUACAUUUCUUUCAGUGCUAAAGGAUGCUGAAACUCAAACUGACAUCACAGGCAGUGUUCUGAAGAGUUUUGAAGCUGAUAACCAGGUCCUACGCACCGAGUUACAGGAGGUGAAGGGCUCUCUGGACACACUUCGGCUGUCGAAAGCUUCUUUGGAGCAUGACAACACCCGUGUGCAAUUUUACACGGGCCUACCAAGCUUCACAGUUCUGAUUUCACUGUUCACACUUGUCGAAAGUAGUGUGCCACGCAGCCCAAACAAUGCUCUUGCGAAAUUCCAAGAAUUUGUACUCACACUAAUGAGGCUGCGAUUGGGAGUGGCCUUGCAGGACCUGGCGUCCAUUGAAGAAGCAUUGACGGGGGUCUUCAAUGACCGUAAUUUCUGCCUCUGAAACUUGUACGAACUCUGAACGAAGUUUCAGACACCGAUGCAGUAAGGACAAAAGCAGGAAAUAAAGUUCAUUUUUCUACCUGAA